UGAAACCUUUUCAACAUGUAUAGAGAGGUAUCAUCAACUGCACAUUUCGGAUACAUUUUGGGGCUCAUUAUUUACGUUCAUGCUGCAAAUGAGAUUGGUGAAAAAAUUCAGCACAUCAAAAUAGCUACCAUUCUACCUAACAAUAAUGAUUAUGACUUCUCAAUCGGUCAUGUUCAACCUUCAAUAGAGUAUGCAAUAGAGCAGGUGUAUAUUAGAAACCUUCUUCCCGAAUGGAUUAAACUGGAUGUUAACUAUAGCGACUCCCGGUGUAAUGCCAGGGAUGCACCGGUUGCUGCUUUUGAUUACUAUAUGAAAAAGUCGGUGAACCUGUAUCUUGGUCCUGUCUGCGACUAUUCAUUGGCUCCAGUUGCCAGGUAUGCUCCUUAUUGGAAGCUACCAGUUAUUAGUCCAGGUGGCUUUGCACACAAUUUCGGCGAAACAAAGUCAGAUGUAUCAAAAAACACAGAAGGUUUCUUCACUUUGACACGGAUAGGCAUGACCUUUAACUCUAUGGCUCUGAGUAUAAUACAAACGAUUAAGCAUUUCGGUUGGAAUAAAGUGCAACUGACAUACGACAGUGACGGCCAUAGCGAAGUGUCGCCAAAAUUUUGCUAUCUAGCCGGAAGUGCAUUAAUACAAUACAUAAAGGAAUUAGCGGCCGAUGAAGAAUUAGGACAUAAAUUUGCCUUUCAUACUGAUCAAACAGAGACAGAGAAUGUGUUAAGGGACGAGGUUGGUGUAGACCAUGCCGUUGUUGUACUUUGUGCCAGCGCAGACUCAGUGCGAGAGAUCAUGAUAAAAGCACACGAGCUCAAUUUUGACAACGGGGAAUAUGUCUUUUUCAACAUCGAUUUAUUCAGCAGCAAAAAUGAAAGCAAAACUCCAUGGUACCGAGAAGGUGACUCGAAAGAAAGGAACGAUAAUGCUAGAAAGGCGUACGAAGCGCUAAUGACCGUCACGUUACGGAAACCUACCAGUCCGGAAUACAAAAACUUCAGCAGUGAAGUUAAACGACGAGCAAAAUCACGUUAUGAGAACUUUACAUACGGUGAAGAAGAGGUCAAUAGUUUUGUUGGAGCGUUCCACGAUGCCGUCAUCCUGUACGCCCACGCCCUGAACGAGACGCUGGAGGCUAACCGGUCAAUAACAAAUGGAACAGAAAUUACAAAGCGGAUGUGGAAUCGAACUUUUAGAGGUAUCACAGGGAACGUGUCGAUAGAUGCAAAUGGUGAUAGAAAUGCCGAUUAUUCAUUGCUGGACAUGGAUCCGGAGACCGGUGAAUUUGAGGUGGUCGCAAAUUAUUUUGGAAACACCAAACAGUAUGAACCGGUUCCAGGAAAGCAUAUUCGAUGGGCGGGGAACUAUGACCACGCCCCGCCAGACACACCCAAAUGCGGCUUUGAUAAUUCCAAGUGUCCUCCGGACGAACCAUUUCCGGAGUAUGGCAUAGUGAUUAUUGUCCUAGGAUCUUUGCUGUUGUUAGUGGUAGUUGCAGCAUUCUUCAUAUAUCGGCAUAUCAAGCUGGAGGCGGAGCUAGCUGAAAUGAACUGGCGCGUGAAAUGGGAAGAUAUAAUGUUAGGAACGAUAGAGGGAGAACGAAAAAUGAAGAAACAAGCGGCCAGUAACCUUAGCCUUGCACGACGUUAUUCGGUGACAAGCUCGUGUUCCGGGGACACCAUUGCUGUACACCUCAGCGACGUCGGACAGCGCCAACUCUUCACCAAGACCGGGUACUAUAAGGGGGCUAUUGUUGCUAUAAAAACCAUACACAAGUCUAACAUAACAGUGACGAAACCUUUACUUAUGGAAAUAAAACGGAUAAAAGACCUUGCCAAUGACCAUAUAGUGAGAUUUAUCGGAGCUUGUAUUGACGUUCCACACAUGUGUAUCCUCACAGAAUAUUGCCAGAAAGGCAGUCUACAGGACGUGUUAGAGAAUGAGCAAAUCAAGCUUGACUGGAUGUUUAGAUACUCAUUAAUGCGGGUUUUAGUUAGAGGGAAGUAUAAAAGUAACACAGCCAUGGCAUAUCUAUGUUCUAGUGAUAUUAAAAGCCACGGGGCUUUAAAGUCUACAAAUUGUGUCGUAGAUUCAAGAUUUGUAUUGAAAAUUACCGACUUUGGGCUUCACGACUUGAGGGGCCAAGACGAAGAAGUUCCAGAGGGCUCGUAUGCUCAUUACAGAAGUCUGUUAUGGACUGCACCAGAGCUUCUUAGAAUGUACAAUCGAUCUCCAAACGGCACUCAGAAGGGGGAUGUAUAUAGUUUUGCAAUCAUAUGUCAAGAAAUUGUUUAUAGGAAUGGAGUAUUCUACUUGGCAAAUCUUGACCUACAACCAAAAGAGGUGGUAGAAAGAGUUCGCGACUGGCAGAAGCCCCUGUUUCGCCCAACCCUGGAGGAGUUUGACUGCCCGUGUGACGAGCUCGCCGUCGUUAUCAGACGCUGUUGGGCGGAAGAUCCCAUGGAGAGACCGGAUUUUACGUCAUUAAAGUCUAUAAUUAGAAAGUUAAACAAGGACGGGGACAAGGGUAAUAUAUUGGACAAUCUGCUAUCUCGUAUGGAGCAAUAUGCGAACAAUUUGGAAUCACUUGUCGAGGAGCGUACGGCCGACUUCCUGGAACAAAAGAAGAAGGCGGAGGACCUUCUGUAUAUGAUGUUACCGAAACAAGUUGCUGGUCAACUGAUUCGUGGAGAGACUGUUAUGCCGGAGACGUUUGAUUCCGUAACCAUUUACUUCAGUGAUAUAUGUGGCUUUACGGCCUUGUCAUCAGAAAGUACGCCAAUGCAGGUUAUAGAUUUAUUGAACGAUCUCUACACAACUUUUGAUUCCAUUAUUGAAAACUUUGAUGUAUAUAAGGUUGAGACUAUAGGCGAUGCGUACAUGGUGGUCUCCGGCUUACCAAUUAGAAACGGGUCCAUGCAUGCACGUGAAAUAGCUAGAAUGUCCAUAGCGUUAUUGAACGCUGUUCUGUCUUUCAAAAUACGUCACAAGCCUUCUAUCCAAUUAAAAUUAAGAAUAGGAAUUCACACUGGUUCGGUAUGUGCCGGUGUGGUCGGGUUGAAAAUGCCGAGAUAUUGCUUGUUUGGUGAUACUGUAAACACGGCAUCGAGAAUGGAAUCAAAUGGUUUACCCCUUAAGAUUCACGUUAGUCCUUACACUAAAGACAUUCUAGAUCAAUUUGGAUCCUUUGAUCUAGAGCUGAGAGGUGCCGUCGAAAUGAAGGGUAAAGGGUCCGUAACAACAUACUGGUUAAAUGGCGAGCGAACUGGGAUCGGAGAUACGAAGAUUGCGCCAUUCUGCUGAAGCGGCUAUUGCACGGGAAACCCGUGCAUGAUAUCAACGUCUUGUCUAGAGUGAUGUGUGAACUAGGGCGUGACGUGACAGUAUUUGACAAUAUGUUUUUGUUAUAACAUAUAAAGAUUCAGCAACUGGGUUAUGUUUUGUGACUUUUGUACAAUCACAUUCUGAUACUUUUUAUCACACCAUUUCUUACUAAGGAUAUGUUUAAAUUAGUUUUAAAGACGUUUAUUUAGUGACACAGUCUGUGGUCAGUUACAUAGUUAGUGCAAAUUUUAUUUUCUCUAGAAGUUACAAACGUAAGUACAUAUUUAUUAGAAAUGCUAGCUAGAUCAGUUUUCAUCCGCCUUGGAAAAUAGUCCGGCAAUGUACUAGUUAUUUUGUUUAAAUAGUGACAAAGACUUCGUAAUAUAUCAAAUCGUUUAAUGACAAAAACAAAAUUAUUACUUCGGGACGUAAUUUUUUGGAUGGGUGUAAGUUAUAUUUUACAUAUCAUUUACAUUCCGUUAUUUUAUUUUGCUAACAUUGUUUUGCAUAAUUAUAUGUUGCAAGUAUUUCCGAACCAGAAUUGCAAAAAAGAAACCUUUCACUCUUAAACCAGGAUAAAUUGAGAAAAUCUAUUGACGUGUAUGACGUAAUUAUGACGUAAAUGACGUAAUUAUGAUGUCAAAUGACGUAAUCAUGACGUAAAUAUAGUUAUUCCGAACAUGUGUUGUAUGACAUAUCAUGUUAAAGCUAUUGUUUCUAUAGGAACAGAUUUUGUUACUACAAAAAACUGUAUAUAUGUACACAAUGAAUUAUAGAAUGAAUACUUGAUCAUUCAUUAAGUUUGUAACCAGUUAUAAAACACGUGUGAUAACCAAUUUCAUUAAAGCACGUGACUUGGGUACGCAUUUUGUAAAAAUGUCUUUGGAAACGAGUCCACUAAAACGACACACAAUUUUUCAAAGGAUGUUUCCAUCUGGAUAAAACGGUGAUAGAUUGACGUUUAAAUGUAUGGGUGUUGUUUUUCCCUAAAUAUCGCUUACAUACCGUUCUGUUUUUGAUUUUUGUUUCGUUUUUUUCGUUUUCGCUAUUUUUUUAAAUCAAUUAUAAACAAGUUAUAAUUUCAAGCCCUUCUCAUGGUAGCGCAAUAAUUUUAUAAUUAUGAUUAUUGUUAUACAUGUAGUUUACUAAUGCAUAUUUAGCUAAGCAAUUUGUUGUAUUAAAGGGACAUAAAUCACUCUUAGAAAGACAAGUAGACGCUCGCAUAUAUUAUAUUUGUUCUGCUUCCGUGUGAGAAAAUAUCAAAGUCCUCGCUGCGGUUACCUCCCUUGAAAGGUUCAGUGACGUAACCGGCGCGAGGAUUUUGUGAAUAAAUGGCAGACGAUAAAAUGAAACGUUGUUUUUAAUAUGUAUAUUAUUGACGUCAAAUGAUAAGUCUAGAAGUUUUGGAUUUAGAUAACAAAAGAACGAACUAUUUAGCCAGUCGUUUCAGGUUUGUGUCACGUAUAUGUAAGAAUAAAAGUGACUGGAAAGUUUAAAAUGGUUAUGGUGAUAUAAUUAGAUCUAUAUGGAAGAAAUAAAUGUUUAAAUAUGUACAUGUUACGUCUGAAAUAGUUUUACGAAUGUAUUUAUUAUUAUAUAUAUAUAUGUAUUUUUAUUGUGUUUGUUUAGAUGAUAUUUCAAUUUAGCUUUUUAAAAUUUCAUUUUUUAUUGUUCAUUUCUUUUGAACGUUUGACUGAGUUAAUGCAAAGGCUGUUUGAGUAGCGGCUAAAUGAGGGAAACUGUUUUUAUUGUCCCUUGAUAGAAACCGACCAACUUUUGAAAUCCGCACCUUCUUUUACGUACGUUUUACGUACGCUUUUUACGCUUUGACCAUGUCAUGUUCUUCAGGAAUAUGAGAUUUGGAAAUCCACUGAUUAUAUUUACAUGUAAACAUUACCUACCUUUUACUGUACAUACCAGUGCUACGAAAUAUUUGUCGACGAAGUUAAUGCAUCUAAGCAUUCUGAAAAUUCAAGCGUUUGUGUGAAGUCGAUUUUUGUCGUCUGCUAACAUUGUGACUGCGCGUAUUUUUAUUUCAUAGUGAAAGAGAACAUCAUGCUUGCAUCACGUUUUUAAUUCACGAAAAAUGCUGAUAUUUAAAAAGAAAAGCACGAUAAUUAUAUCUGAAUAAAUUAAUGACGUAUUUAUUCCACUGAUGUAUCUAUUUAUAGAAAUCGUUUUUUUAAGUAACUAUUACCCAUAUUGGAUUCGGUAAGAUCAAACGCCUAGAUAGUGUAAACCGAUAUAACUGCUUUAGGUAGUGAUAGGCCAUUUUAAUAAAGACAUCGUGGAAACAGCUUCCACUACAAAGCCGUAAUGUCUUCCCAAAAUUGUUUUUUGUUUAUUAUUUUCCUCGUGGGACUGCUCUAUUUUUUCACACUUAAACCGGGUUUUCCCAUGUGCGUGUGUGUGAUUUUUUUUGCUGAUGCUUUAACGUCUAUAUUUCUUUAGAAAUAUCUUUUGUUUGUAUGACAAAAAUUUGGUCAACGCUUACUGAAAUUUCAUCUAGCCUAGUGAACGUAAUAUGGAUAAUGAAAAUGUUUUAAUUAUUUCGGUGCCAAAGACCUGCCAAUUUAUAAAAUACUGUCAAAUGUUUCCAAAAACAGGCUUAUUUUGUUAGAUAAAAUACGAUCCGAUAUCGAAUAAAGCAAUAAAACAAAAGUAAUAUAAAGAUUCCGCUAAAUGGGUAUAAUUAUAAAUUUCUAUAAAAUGUAUUAAUUUACUGAACUGCUACAUCCUCUCUAUGCCAACGGCAAAUAAUUCUGUCCAUGCGACCAGUGCAGACCAAAAUUAUCAGGAUUACUGUUUGGACCGGCUGAUCAUGGUCUGCAAAGUUCGCUAUUUAGUCAACUUUAGUACAUAUUUUGGGGGAAAAAAUCCCUAUAAAUUAUAAAUGGUUUUGUCCAGAUUGAAAACUGGACAAGUUCAUUAAAUAGUUUUAGGUGGUAAGAGCUAGAUAACAAAUGACGGUAUGUUCGGACAGCUUCUUUACUUUGCAUCAAAUGGAGAAUAUGUUUUCAGAAAAAAAAUGUUCAAAUAUUUAAGUCGAACUAAUUUGAAAUUUUUAGUAUGCCUGUUAUAAUAAUUGGGAACAAAGGUUUAAGUUUCAACAUUAGAAAAGUAUAUGUGACCAGUUUGACUUGUAAUCAAACGAAACAAUCAUGUAGAGAUUAUUUGGUCAAGCGUAUGUAUACACCAAUAAUUUUCACAUUCAUUUCUUUUAUUUCAUUUCACUUCUUUCUUUGUUUCUGCUAGUAUUUUCUGUAAAAACAUUUGUUGUACAUUAAAAAUCUUAAAAGAAAUUCCACUUUCCGUGAUAUUUAGAUGCACAUAUUUUAGAUAAUUGUUGUGUUUUAAUGUGUUUAGCCUAAGUUUUUAAUAAAAUGUUGUUACAGACAUUUACAAAUGUUGUUACGUUUUACAGACAUUUACUAAUCUUGUUACCGAGAUUUGGGUUUUUUUUAAUGUUUCUACAGACAUUACCAAAUGUUGUUACGGACAUUUACAAAUGUUUUACAAACAUUUACGGACGCUAUGACAGACUUUAACAAAUGUUUAACAUACAUUUACUAAUGUAAUACAUACACAUACAAAUGUAUUACAGACAUUACGAACGUUCUUACAAACAUUUACAAUUGUUGUUACAGACAUUUACAAAUGUUUUACAAACAUUAACGAACGUUGUUACAAACAUUUACGGACGUUGUGACAGACAUUUACGAAUGUUUUACGGACAUUUACGAAUGUUGUUACGGACAUUUACGAACGUUGUUACGGACAUUUGCGAAUGUUAUUACGGACAUUUACGAAUGUUUUACAGACAUUUUUAUACAGGAGUCUUAUAUUAAGAAUUAAAAUGAAUACAUAGAGUAAACAAAUAUUGUUUUUAGUGAGUAGAAAUAAUUUUGCAUAAUCAAGAAGUUAACUGUCCGAAUUUUAGAUUAAUUUACACGAUAGUUGGUAUGUAUAGCAUUGAACUUUAAAACAAUCAGUCGCAUUUCGAUAUUUUUUCGUAGUGAGUAGAAUUUUACAUAAACAAGAAAUAUUUUGUCCGAAAUUAAAUCUUCUAUAAAUAUAUUAGACAGGUGGAGGGUUGUUAAACUUAGUUACUUAAGAAUCUAGAUUUAGGUGUUAUUGACCAGAAGUGGUGAUAUUAAGCUAAAGAAGAGAUAUUAAACCAAUUAAGGUGAUAUUAAAAAAAGGAGCCAUAUCAAACCAAAAAGGAUGAUAUUAAACUAAGGGAUGGUAUUUAGAACACAAAGGGACGAUAUUAUUCCAAAGGCACGAUAUUUAUGGGAAAAUAGGAGCUAAGUUUUAUUUCUUAGAAUAGAUUAUAUUCCAAAAUUCAUUGUCUUAAUAGAAUUAAUUAUUUUUUAAGUUUUUAUGGACUUGUACAGUGUCUGUAACAAUAUUUAAAACAUCUAUUUGUUUGAAUCUUAUUAUAUAUAAUAUCGGAUUAUUUUGCUUAGGUUUUAUAGUUAAAUUUACUAAUAUUAUAUCAAUAAAAUCAUGAGAAAUUGA